AUGGCGGCAGAAGAGUUCCAGGAGUCCGACGUGUUCUUCUCCGGCGACCACCGGGAAGUCGCAGAUCUGCACCACAAUCACCAUCAUCAUCGUCAUCGGCGGCAGCGGUCGAGGAACAACAAGAAGCAGAAGAAAUCAGGCGGCGGCGGUGAUAGUAGUACUCGUGCUGCUGCUGCUCCGUCGGUGCCGGUAGACAUCCCGACGAACGUGUUCCGGUUCGGAGAUUCCGAUGAAUACGAGGAGGACGAGGAGGAGGAGGAAGGAUCGAUUAUCCCGCCACACGUAAUCCUGGCUCGGAGGGUGGCCGGAAAAAUGGCGUUCUCGGUGUGCACGGGGAACGGGCGGACGUUGAAGGGGAGAGAUUUGAGCCAGGUCAGGAACUCCAUUCUUCGGAUGACUGGCUUUCUCGAAACUUAA